AUGGUAAUUGGGAGGCCGAGUCAAGAGGCGGGCAGCACAAUUGGCAAGUCGAGUCGCGACGGGCCAAGCCAAGACUUAUGGCUGGAAUUGGGCCAUAGCUUAGGCCAGCUAUUCGUGUUGUGCGCGGCGUGCUUGGCCCUCAGCCAGGCUCGGCCCAGCUACUUGCCCAGCUACGAGACAAUUGAGUAUGCGCCCACUGUGCUGGGCUACGAGCACUUGGCUCUGCCCGCCGCCGUCUCCCAUCAGAGCUCGACGGUGGUGCACGAGAAGCGUCCCUAUUUGCGUCCCAUCUACGAGCAUCCGCUCAAGACGUACCAUCAUCCGACGACAUACACCUAUGCCAGCAGCCCGUCUCUGAGCUACGGCAGCGACUGGUACGAGCCCGGCUGGAAUUCAGCUGCGUUCAGCUAUCCCAGCAUCUACCUCAAGUGAA